AUGGCUAUUCAGGCAACGAUCGUGCUCAUUGCAUGCUUGCUACAACUCGCUCUCGCACUCCCUCAAUCUCCCUUUCUGAACACGCGCGCAUCAUCGGGAUGUGGCAAGAAGUCUUUCCUACCGGGCGUAACACAAUAUCGCUUUGGCCUCAAAUCGAGCGGCAAAGACCGUAGCUAUUCCUACCACGUGCCUUCUUCAUACGACCCAAACAAAGUUUACCCUGUCGUACUUGGUUUUCACGGAAGCAGCAGCAUCGGCGCGUUCUUUGAGUUGGACACGAAGAUGAGCGAGGCACGGUACAGCGGCGACAAGAUUAUGGUGUAUCCGAACGGAGUUGGAGGGAGUUGGGCGGGUCCGACGUAUCAUAAAGACUCGAGUGUGCAAGAAGACGUGCAGUUCGUUGCGGACGUGAUCGCCGAUGCGAAGCAAAAGUUUUGCGUGGAUGAGCAGAGGGUGUAUGGUGUUGGCAUGUCAAAUGGCGGAGGCUUCAUCGGCACGCUUGCCUGCGAUGCUGUCGGUAGCACGCUUUUCCGAGCUGUCGCUGCGGCGUCUGGAGCCUUUUAUACGGAUGUCAAUGGGCCUGCUAACGGGUGCGCGCCCUCGAAAGUGGUUCCGAUGCUUGAAAUUCAUGGUGCUGCCGACAAGACCGUGAAGUACGAGGGUGGUCAGGGUGAUGGUGGACCGGAACCGGCGAUUUCAGACUGGCUUGAGUGGUGGGCGCAGCGCAACGCCUGUAGCAGCAAGACGGAGGAAAUGCUCGACGAUGGGAAAGUCCAUCAUUACUCUUGGACAUGUGGUGGCGUGACUGGGUUAUUGCAGCACUACAAAGUGGACGACCUUGGUCAUUGCUGGGCAGAUACAGAGCUAAACAUCUCUCAACUCACUGUACCGCAAGGACCAAGCGUCAUCAAGGCCAGCGAGAUCGUCAUGAAGUUCUUCGAUACCGUUGCGGCUUGA